UCGUCAAGAAUAGAGAAGCCGACAGACAACAAAUCAUGGUACAAACGAAGAAGUUUCGUGGUGUCAGACAACGCCAUUGGGGCUCUUGGGUGUCAGAGAUUCGCCACCCGCUUCUGAAGCGGAGGGUGUGGCUGGGGACGUUCGAGACGGCGGAGGAGGCGGCGAGGGCCUACGACGAGGCCGCGAUUCUGAUGAGCGGCCGCAACGCGAAGACCAAUUUUCCAGUUCCGGCCGCUGAUGAAGACGGCGCAGUGGGAAACGAAAUUUCCUCUGCGCCGAGUAGUUUUCCGAACAGCUCGCGCUCGGCUUCGCUGUCGUCGAUCCUGAGCGCGAAGCUUCGGAAAUGCUGCAAAUCGCCGUCGCCGUCGCUGACGUGUCUGAGGCUCGACACGGAGAAUUCUCACAUUGGGGUUUGGCAGAAGCGGGCCGGGUCGAACUCGAGCUGGGUCAUGACGGUGGAGCUCGGGAAGAAGAACAAGAAGACCGCCGCCGAUUUGCAAGAUCCGGCGGUGGAGGAGGGGGGUAAGGCGGAGGCGGCGGAGGGGAGAGAUGAUGGGAUUAAUGAGGAGGAGAGGAUGGCGCUGCAGAUGAUUGAAGAGCUUCUCAACAGGAAUUGAUCAUUCAAAAAUUUCAAACAGUAUGCAUGCAGAUUCAUUGCAAAUUCGUGUGGAUCUUUUAAUUGAUUUUAAUAGUGAUUUUGUGAUUUUUCAGUAUAAAUUAAUAUUUUUCAACAAUAUAAUUUGUGUGGGGAAUUUGGUAUUGGUAAUUGAUGUCCAAUUUGAGUACAGUGUUUCAUUUGAUUUGUGAAGGUGGGAUAUAAAUGCUAGCUAGCUAGCUAUAGGUAUUGAAGUGGAGUAUUUCAUGAGUGAUAUACUAGUGUUACUAGCUAGUUAUAAAUAUUCAAUUAACGUCUUGUCUUGUCUAUAUGAAAUUGUGUUUCUGAUUUGUACACAUUUGAUUUUAAUAAUAUUAUUAUU